GGAUCAUAUCACCUCAACCAUCUUGCGUUGUGUGCUAACCACCCACAAAACAUGAUAACCGAGAAACUGUACAACGCGACGACCGUCAAUUUUUUAAAAGCAAGUGCCACUGUUGCUCUCAGACGAUAUGCAAGUUGGGAUGUCAAUCCUCGUCUAGAUGUACAUACGUUUCAAUGUGAUCUACCAGUGGAAGAAGCGACCACGCCUCCUGCAUCAUGGUACACGCAUGCGUAUUUCCACGACAUGGAGCUCAAAACCGUGUUCAGCAACAACUGGUUAGCUGUUGGACGCGUUGAUCAACUCAAAGAGCCAGGAUGUUAUUUUACAGGUAGCGUUGGGAAUCGUAAUUUUGUCGUGACUCGUGAUAACCGUGAUUUUCUACACGCAUUUCAUAAUGUCUGUCGACACCGUGGAAUGACGCUCUGCAGCGAAGACUCCGGACAAACUUGCGAAUUCAAAUGUCCGUAUCAUGGCUGGACAUACGAUCUAACGGGGAGACUGACGCGAGCCAAAAAACUACGGGGAAUCAAGAACUUCAGCGCCAGUAAAUACGGAUUGAAACCUCUACAAGUAUCGACGUGGGGGCCGCUCGUGUUCGUCAACGCCAACGACACAGCCAACGAGUCAGAAUUCCACGAUGAAGUCGCUGCUAUCGAGAAUUGUAUGAAAGGGUUCGAAUUUAACGAGAGUUGGUGUUUCGUCAAACGCGUUACGUACCCGCUGAAAUGUAACUGGAAAGUAGUGUGCGACAAUGUGCUUGACAACGGCUACCACGUGACCAUGACUCAUCCCAAUUAUUCUAAACUGUUAGAACUGAAUUCAUUGAAAACGAAAUUGCUUUCAAGAUCGUCGAUUUGUACCGUGGAGUCUUCUAACAACGAUCCACGUGUCAGUGGCAAUGUUAUGUUAGCCCACAUUUAUCCAAAUUUAAUUUUGAAUCGAUAUGGCCCCUGGCUUGAUACCAAUAUAGUGAUGCCAGUAUCGGCAAAUGAAUGCGUAAUUAUCUACGAUUACUACCUGUUGCAGAGUUUUGUGGAUACAACGUCACCGCGUUAUCUGCCGAAGUAUAUUGAUGACAGUAUAUUGGACAGCGACAAACUACAACGUGAGGAUAAUAUGGUGUGUGAGGGAACUCAGAAAGGGUUGCAGUCGUCGGGGUACGAAGUGGGAAGAUAUGCUCCACAAGAUGAAAAGCCGGACUAUGCUUUUCAUAGACAUUUAGCCGAGGACUUUAAACAAUAUUUGAGCCUCCAUAGAAAUUGA